AUGAGCAUAGAGCCAAGUGGGAUUGAGUUUAGGCAUUACAAUAACAGAAUUGGAUCUGGUCUGCAUGGGAUGAGUAUUGACAGGAUAAGAACAAAAGGAGCAAAAAUUUAUAGUGCUGCUGUAGCUGCUACAGCUGAUGGUCAUCAGACAGCAAAAGAGGGAGAAGAAAAGAUUUAUGAUGUAAUUAGGUACAGACUACAUCGCAUGAAGCAUAAGCUGAAAGAUGAGUUGGAGAACAAAAACACCCUUCAGGAAUAUAUAUGUCCAAACUGUGGAAAAAGAUACAAUGCUUUGGAUGCUCUGCGGUUAUUAUCGUUUGAAGAUGAGGACUUCCAUUGUGAAAGUUGUGAUGGAAAACUAGAGGUUGAAAUUGAUAAGAUAGCUGCUCAAGAUGGGGGAGAUGGAGAUGAUAAUGCUAGAAGACGACGACGGGAGAAGUUAAAGGACAUGCUUCAAAAGAUGGAGGUUCUUAUCUGA